UCCCACCCGCUCUCAUGUGCGGCAGCACCUCGCCCUCGUCCUCCUCCCCUGUGUGAAGGCUCGAGCUCCAGUGAGAAAAAUGCUUUGGUCCCCGAAGCGCUCGCUUUCCAACAUCCACGUGAAGCUGACGGCCACGGGGCUCCUCAGGAAGCUGCAGCUGCUCUCGGGCUACCGCAGGAGCACCAUGGUGUUCCACUCAGUGGACCGGGGGAAGUUGAGAGGCAGCUCCUGCAACAAGGAUCCCCAGAACAGCAGUCCUUGCGACCUGGUCAACGGGAAGAGUAACCAGCACAAGGACCAGAGCCAGGAUGUCAGCCACAGGCGAGAAGAUCAGCCAAUCGCCAGUGAUCGACGCUUUCUGGCUGCCGCUGUCAUUAUACAGCACAUCUUCACAAAGCAUGAAGACGUUGUGAAGAGGAGAGCUGAGCUGUCACAAGAGCUGGCCACACUGCGUGGAGAAUUGGGGAGCCUGACGGCAACAUGCGACCGACUGCAGCAGGAGAAAGAGGAACUGAAUGCGGUAUUCCAGGGAGCUCUGCAGAAGCUCCAGGAGAAGCACCAGCAGGAGCUGGCCAACAUAGGGGAGCAACAGCAGGCUUUCUAUUCAGCUGAGUGGGAGAAGGUCCAUGAAGCUUACCAAGAACAGGCGGACAGGUGCAGGAGCCAGAUGCUGCAGGAGGUGGAUGAUUUAAAGUCCAAACAUGAUGCUUUUAUACGGCAACUGGAAGCCAGCCACUCGGAGAAGAUGGAGUGUCUCAGGCUGCGGUGUGAAACGUCUUUUGAAGAACUCGGGAAAAAACAUGAGCAGGAAAUUCUGGCUCUGGACGAGACCCUGAAGGAAGCAGAAGGCGCUCUAUCUAACCAAAUUGAGGAACUCAAAGUGGAAAACAGCACUCUGAAGGCUGAAGAGGAGAGACGGAAAGCCACGACUGAGAAAACACGGGAUCCGCACACCUUAUACCUGGAGCAAGAGUUGGACAGUCUCAAGGUCGUCCUGGACAUCAAGAUCCAACAGCUCCACCAACAGGACCAGAAGCUGAUGCAGAUGGAGAAACUGGUUGAAAAAAACGUGCAGCUGGAAGAAUGCCUUAAAAAAGUUCAGCAGGAAAAUGAGGACCUCAGAGCCAGGAUGGACAAGCAUGCCGCUUUGUCCAGGCAGCUUUCCACAGAGCAGGCAGUGCUGCAGGAAUCUCUCCAGAAGGAGUCCAAGGUGAACAAACGUCUCUCCAUGGAGAACGAGGAACUGCUCUGGAAGCUACAUAAUGGGGAUCUCAGCAGUCCACGGAAAGUGUCUCCAUCCUCGGCCCCCGUGUCAUUCCAGUCCCCCCGCAGCUCCGCCAUCCUCUCCAGCAGCCCUGGUUCGCCCAGAUAGCAGUUGACCCUCCCUGAGACAAAUGAUGGACAACACUGUCCUCCAAUCAGAAAGCUAUAUUAGCUGUGCAGGAUGACGACCCAUCUCCCUUCUACAGAGGUACUGUCUACGUACAUGUGAGCUGGAAAUCUCAGGUCCCCAACGAACUCCAAAGCUGAAAAACAUAGCUUAGCUGCCACGGAGCCCAGCUAAGCUAUUCCCUGCCCCAGAUCUGCCCCACCCACCAAAGGAUCAGCCUAGCUUUGGAUAUCUACUGUCUUCUGAGCUGUUACCCUGCAUCCGAGCAACAAGCAAAUGCAAACAAAAAAAGCCAUUUAAUCAAUAAAGGUGAAAAUCAGCCUUUAUGCAGCUUGCUGUAGGGUCUCUCUGUGUGUUUGUGCACAGAUUAGUCACAGCGUUCACACGACUGGCUGGGAGAUGCAUUUCUGUGUAGACAUACUAUAUGUGUGCUUCAUGUAAACGUGCAUAACCCAGGACAGGAUGACUGUUUUUACCUGUGAAAAUCACACCAGUAAAGAUAUCAUGAUAUGCAAUUAAAAAUCUCUGGUACUUACAGUAAGAGAAUAUCCAGGAUAUACCAAGGAAGAUUUGUGAUAUUCCAUUAAAAAUGUGUGGUGCCGAAGUGGAUUAGGGUUCUAUCAGUCUGCAUUCUGCUCUCUGACCUGCAUUCUCCACUCAGCGUAUAGUUAUUGAGUUUAUAUCUGUAUAUAUAUAUAUAUAUAUGAAACAGUACAUGACAGUGUGGCAUAUGUGGCAGUAUUCCUGCGGUGGUAUUGAAUUCAGAGGUCUUACACUGUUCAUACGUAAUCAGAACUGAUUUAAAACAUUACUUAAAAAUGUCCGACCUUGAAUCAUCUUAAUGUGAUCUGUUGACGUUACUAAGUAUUUACGGCUUCAGGAUUUGGCAGCUUUGGCCUUGUAUUCGAAGUUAUUGUAUUUUUUUAUACUGAACUUUUAUUAAAAUGGGGUGGGGGUAUUCCAAACAUUUUCCCAUGUAAUUCCCAGAAUCGUCUCCUAGGUAACUAGCUAAUUGAUGUUUUCUUGCUCACGCAUUUUGGUUUCUGUCGCCAUCAGUGCCGGUCUAAGUACCAUCAGGCGAGUUUCCCCAGUGGUGCCUGUGGCUCGCUAAGCCGGUGCCUCUGUGAUGGUCGUGCCCUUGGCGGCUGCCUAUGUCACCAACAGGAUUGACUGGCCCUGAUCACCAUUCUACGCUCUAUGUCACCCAGCCGUGCCUCCUGCUGUCCUCAUGGUGGGACAGAGACAAGCUUUAUCCUGAAAAGUGCUCCUAAGUAUUUCUGUCAUGACGUGUCACAAAAGUUACUAUUCCGAUGUUGAAAUCACUGGUGUGAAGCUGAAACUGAAAUAUGCAAUUCAUAAAGUUAUACGUAUAAAUUAAAUAUUAUAAAACAGAACUUGGUAUUAUUUAUUUAUGAAUUUAAUUUUGGUCCUGACAAUUUUAAAUAUAAUCUGUGAGAUGUAUAAACUGCCAUCUAAUGUGAUUAAUAAACACGUGUGAUGUUUAAAUUGAA